AUGCCCAUCCAAGGAAUGCCCAUCGACCGCUCACCAACGCGACCACCGAACGACCCAACAGGCUCGAGACCGGUGUCGACCAACGGCAGCAUGACAUCAACUGGUGCAACAAUUGGGACGGUCAUGGGCCCACCAGACGAAGUUAGCACGGUGCGAAUGGUAAAGUUGCCACCAUUCUGGAAAGACAACCCUCUCCUUUGGUUCACUCAAGUGGAAGCUCUUUUCUCUCUCGCACGCAUUUUGGCCGACGAGACUAAAUAUCGAUAUGUCGUUGUUAACCUUGACCAAACAGUCUUGCCUUUCGUUUCAGACAUACUAGCCACCCCACCGGCUGAAAACAAAUACAACAGCCUAAAAACUCGCAUUAUUUCAUCAUUCGACGAAUCAAAUGAGUCUAAAUUAAGGCGCUUAUUACAAGGACACGAACUAGGUGACGAAAAACCGUCGCACUUCCUGCAGAGGUUGAGGAACUUAGCGACAGGCCAAUGCAACGAAGCAGUUUUGAGGACACUGUUCUUGGAACAAAUGCUGAAAAAUGUCCGCAGCAUACUCGCCAUCAGCAAGCUAACUGACCUUUCUAAACAUGCAUUACAGGCGGACAGAGUAGUGGAUGUAACACGAAGCGCCGUUUCAACCGUUAGCGUAGCAGAAGUGAAGGGUACUAAGGACACCAAAAAUGACACCGACGUGCACGAACUAAAAAAAAUGGUGGAGUCUUUAGCUCGAGAGAUUUGGCGCAAAGAACUAUCGCCCUCCUUGCACGUUCAAAAAAUCAAAGGCGAAAUCAGAAGACACGGAAAACUAAAAACGUCGUCACGGGUCGAGACGGUCGCUGACGACAAGUUCCAAAAAAGCCGUCUAUUUGUUACCGACAGCAAAACAGGUACAAGAUUCCUAGUUGACACAGGUGCGGAUAUUUCGGUACUACCAAAACGCUUUGCAGGAACUAAGCCAAAGUCAACGGACGUAAGGCUGUACGCAGCAAACAACACAACUAUUCAUCUAAAGGAUAAAAGACUAAUUGACGGCACAACAAAACUACGCGUCUUGGGAGAUGUCAUACAUAUCAACACACCAUCAGUUUCAACAAUUGCUCGGAACAAUCAAUAUCACGCUCUCCUUAAAGAAUUCAUUGACAUUACCAGACCAAUUACUGUCAAGGAACCUAAGCAUUCCGUGCGACAUCACAUCUUAACAAAAGGACCUCCGGUAGCCGAACCAGCCAGACGGUUAUCUCCUCAACGAUAUAGAACAGCCAAAGCGGAAUUCAAACGCUGGAUAGAGCAAGAAAUCUGUAAACCGUCCAGUAGCCAAUACGCCAGCCCACUUCAUCUCACACGGAAUAAAUCGGGUGAAUGGAAAAUGUGCGGGGAUUACCGUAGGUUAAACAAGGUUACAAUACCAGACAAGUAUCCAAUCCCUCACAUCCAAGAUUUUGCACACAAGCUCAGACACUAUUUGUGGACAUGGUGCUAUGCGGACUUUUGUUUUUGCUACAUUGAUGAUAUAAUCAUCGCGUCGAAAGACGAUGAGCAACACAAGAAACAUUUACGUAUUGUGUUUGAACGACUACAAGAAUUUGGUCUUACUAUCAACGCUUCCAAGUGCAUAUUCGGAUCAGAAGAAGUCCAGUAUCUGGGUAACCUGAUCAACGCAAAAAGAAUCAAGCCGCUGGAACAGCGAAUCGCAGCAAUCUUAGAGUAUAGUACCUACGAUAGAGAACUUUUAGCCAUUUACUACGGUCUAAAGUUCUUCAGACACAUGGUAGAAGCACGCCAAACAAUAAUAAAAACAGACCAUAAACCAUUGGUCUAUACAUUUAAUCAAAAAUCAAAUAAAGCAUGUCUUAGGCAACUUCGUCAACUAGAUUUCAUAAGCCAGUUCAUCACAGAAAUCGUCCACGUAGCUGGAGCUGAUAACACCGUCGCUGAAGCGCUUUCACGGAUUGAAGCUAUACGUAUGCCUGUAAUCACAACUACAGAAGAAUUAGCACAAGAAUAA